AAACCAGCGGCGGAGUUCACGGCGCAAGAAAUAAGAAUAAAAUCAGGACUAAUAUCAGCAGAUAAGUGAGAGAAAACGCCAUUGCCUUCGGUGGGGAGUGAAGUCACACAGCCAUGUAUCUGAACAGGGAAGAAGAUCCCAGCAAAGGCUCAGUGUCCCUCAGUGUGUUCCUGGUCUCCCUCGCAGUGACAGUUUGUGCAGUUUGGCUGGUGGCUCUUUGUGGUGUCUGUGGUUGGUGUCAACGGAAGCUGGGAAAGAGGAACAAGUCCGGAGUGGAAGCAGCCGACACUCCAGACUCGGCACGUGGGCGAGGGGAGAAGAAAGCCAUCAAUGAUCUAGACAGAGACUUUUGGAAUAACAAUGACAGCAGCACAGUGCAGCAGAGGUGGAGCUCCUAUCCGCCCAAGGAGUUUGUACUAAACAUUUCUCCCUAUGCCCCAUAUGGAGAUCCUCGCCUCACGCUCAAUGGGGCGGUGUCAGGCGGCCAGAAGGGGGCUGCCGCUGCUGGGUGUGGGGAUGCUGGGGGGGGUCCUUAUCGCAGUGACAGCGUGAAGAGCAUGGUGACGGAAGAAGUGAAGGCUGGGAAGUGGCAGACUGUCCAGAGCCACAUGCAGGCCGGAGGAUUAAGACCUACCAACUUUGGCGAGCCAGUUUUAUCCUAUGCCUCCACUCUGGAGCACAUUCCCUCUCGGCCUCGGACGCUGCUGAGGCAGCAGAGUCUGCAGCAGCCGCUGAUCCAGCCGUCAGGGCCGGGUCUCAGCCACCCGCCUACCACGUCUCAAAGCUUGGGACAGUUACAUACUGCACCUGGGGGGGCAGGGAGAGGAGAAAGAGGCAGUAACAGUGGUGAGGUUGGGGGAGCAGGUACACGAGGCAGGGGCUCAAGAGGCGGGUCAGCGGGCGCCGCCGCUUCACGCUACAGGGGAGGAGGAACAGGAGGGCGCUCCAGAGGAAGUCCUGGCAGCUGGGAUUACGUCAUGGACCAGAUGAAGAACCGCGGUCUGGAUGUCAAGUCCUUCCUUGAAGGAAAGCUGGUGGUCCUGGCUUUGGCCAUUGGUGUUGCAGAGCAAGAUGACUUUGCCAAUAUCCCUGACCUGCAGGAAACGGCGCAGGCAGCACCAGCAGCCAAUCAGGAGCCCCCUCCUGAGAAGAGGGGGAACAAACCAGCAAACAGCCCCAAAGGUCACCCCCCCGACGCCGAUGGCCACUCCUCUGUAACCGACCUGGCAAACUCACUCACUGGAGACAUGGUGAUGUUGUCCCCCGGUUCAGAGGAUGAUGACGGUGAAGGGCCGGUCAGUGAAAAGCUGGGCCGCAUCCAGUUCAGCAUAGGCUACAGCUUCCAGAAUACAACCCUGACUGUCAAAGUGCUCAAAGGUCAGGAUCUACCAGCCAAGGACUUCUCCGGAACCUCAGACCCGUUCGUCAAAAUCUACCUGCUGCCUGACAAGAAGCACAAGCUGGAGACCAAGGUGAAGCGGAAGAACCUGAACCCCCACUGGAAUGAAACCUUCCUGUUUGAGGAUCCUUAUGUAAAGGUGUGGCUCAUGCACAAGGACAAGCGCGUAGAGAAGAAGAAGACGCCGGUGAUAAAGCGCUGUCUGAAUCCAGUUUUCAACGAGUCCUUCCCCUUUGAUGUCCCUGCCCAUGUGCUUAGGGAGACCACCAUCAUCAUCACCGUCAUGGACAAGGACAGGCUGAGCCGCAACGAUGUUAUCGGAAAGAUCUACCUAUCUUGGAAGAGCGGACCCGCAGAAGUAAAGCACUGGAAGGACAUGCUCGCUCGGCCGCGCACUAAUGUGGCCCAGUGGCACGCUCUUAAGGCCUGAUCGUUCCACCCAGCGUCCUCCAUGGCCACUUCCCAUCUCCUAUUUCCUGGCCCAGUUCUCUCUUCCCUCUUCCCGCUCCCGUCCUUAUGCACAAGACUGACUUGCUGCCAGGCUGCGAAACACGGGUACAAUUAGCCAUCUGCUCUCUUAAACCUUUAAACUCUAUUUUCUUUUAGAUUCUCUAUUUCCCUCUGAAUUUCACGCCCUAGAGCUGUUGUGUGUUUUUUCUGCAUCACCACUUUGCCAAUAGUCCCCCUGUUUCUGUCUGUCUGUCUGUCUGUCUGUCUGUCUG